CCGGCGCAGCCAAAUAAAUAAAUAAACAAUAAAAUAAAAUAAAUAUUAAAAAGAUAAGUAUCCCUAUCACAUAUUUUACAAAAUAAUUUAAUCCUCAGAUUCUUACUUAUCUUCAGCUGGAGUUGAAAUUUAUGUUUCAGAUUCAAUUAAACAUGAACAUUCAUGCUUUGGAGACUCCAGCUGUUGGAAGAGGCUUUCUGAAAAUUUUGUGAAAGCACUAAAAAUUGACAGGGUUGGUCAAAUCCCUUCCUGUCCAGUCCCUAGCCCUAUGUUGGUGAUAGUUAAUGUUGAAUGAUUAUGAAAGAGGGCAGUGAGGGAGUACAGCUCCCUCUUGUGUGCAAAACAGAAGAUGCCUCUAGCAGGGAUAGGGACCCGUUCGUUCAUAUAUUCAUCCAUUCCAUCCACAGACUGAUUGGUAAGUAUAUGCUGCAUGCAGGGGAUGCAAAAAUGGAAAGACAAAGUCGUCGCCCUUCAGGAGAUUAGAAGCUAAUGGGUUCUAAACGUUCAGACAGUUAGAGUGCAGUGUAAUUAUUGUGAUUGUGAAGGUAUGUUCAAAAUGCAGUCAGAACAUUAGAGGUGGGAACAUCUACACUGGCCUGAUGACGUCAGAGGAAACUUCACAGAGGUGGUAACACAAGCUGAGACUUGAUGGGUGAAGAGUUUGCCAUGGGAGUACGAGCAUUCCAGACAGAGGAAAUAGCAUAUACAAAGGCACGAAGGCUUGAAAGAGCGCGUCAGAUUCAGGGAGAGGCCAGUAGUUUAGUAUGGCUAGAGAUUAGAUUGCACAAAAGAUGGAGAUGGAAGUGCAGGUGGGACCAGAUCACAAAGGACUUUGCAUGUGAUGGUGAGAAGAUUAGAUUUAACCCAGAGCAAAGAAGUGAAAUGAUUAUAUUUGCUUGUUAGAAGAAUCGUUGUGGCCCUGGGCCAGAUAGGAUGAGGCUGAAUUAGGGCAGAGGCAGUAGGGAAGGAAAUGCCUGGGUGGUUUCAAGAAAUAUUUAGGAGGUAAGAUGGUUCAGCUCUCUGGCUUAUUUGAUUGGGGAGGUGGUGAUGCCACCAAAGAGACAAAUAAAACAGAAGAAAAAGCAGAGUGGAGACCGUGAAUUCAGUUUGGGACCUGUUAAAUCCAAGGCAUCCUCGGAACAGCCAAGUGAAAUGUCCAGAGGAUAGCUGGCCCUUUUGUGUGUGGAGCCCAAGUAGGGGGUCUACAUGGAGACAUAGAUUUGAGAAGCAUCAGCCAUGGGAAUGGAUGCACUUGCCGAGGGAAUCACGAAGAGUGCUGGAAGAAGAGCGUCAAGACAGAAUCCUAGGGAGCAUAAAUGUUUAAGAGGGGAGAAAGAACUAGCAAAGGAGCCACAGAAGGGUUGGCCAAAGGCAGGAGACCCAGGAGAACAUGGUGUCAUUGAGGCCCGGGGAGGAAGCCUGAAGAAAGAGGCAUUACUACAGAGAGAUCAAGAAUGAUGAAAAGUGAAAAUUUCCCUUUAGAUUUAGCGCUUGGUAACCUAAAGGAGAGAAGUUGGGGAUGGGAAGAAGCCAGAUUCACUGAGGAAAUAAGGCCGUGGACGUACAUAGACUAUUCUUCUUCCCAAAAGCCUGGCUGUGAAAGGGAGAGAGUGGCAUAAGACAGUAGCUGGAGGGGACCCAAAAGGUCAAGAGAAAGAGUUCCUUUUCUUUGUGUUCUUAAGAUGGGAGAAAUGUAAGCAUAUCCUUGAGAGAAAGAGCCAGCAGAGAAAGAGAAGCUGAAAAGUCACCAAGAGAAAGGGGGAGAACUGAUGAGAAAGGUGGUGGUGAAGGCAGGCAGGAUUGGAGUCAGAGCCCAAGGAGAAAGGAGAUACACAUUCCUCUGGAAUGGGAGAGUUGAAGAGUUAAGGGAAAAAAGCAAAACUUCAUGUUAAAACUGAGACAGCGUUUAUUUCACUUGCCCCAAAGACAGAAUAAACAUUUAAACUGUCUCUUUGUCUUUGCCUGAUACCAUGCUACUCCCCAGAGACAGCACCAGGAGGUGGCCAGCCUAGAAGGAGAGAGAGAGGUUGGGAGCUCCGAUGUGUCACAGAGAAUCACAGAAUUUAGAACUAGAAUGGGUCCUGGAGAUCAUCAUAUCCAACUGUAGAGGAGGAAGCCAAGAAACAGGGAGGUUGUCAUUUGCCUGUCCAGUUAUAAAAUCAGUCAGUGAAUGGGACUUUCCUGUCGGUCCAAUGGUUAAGACCCCAGGAUUCCAAUGCAGGGGUGCAGGUUCAAUCCCUGGUCUGGGAACCUAGAUCCCACACGCCGUGCAGUGUGGCCAAAAAUAUUUUUAAAUUAAAGAAAAAAAAAUCAGUCAGUGAAGAACCGGAAUGAGACCCAGAACUGAUUCCUGCCCAGGGUUCCCAUCAAGAAGGAUUGGUGAAAGAGAGAAAUGGAGUAAUGAAAUGUCCCCUCCUUCCCAAUCUGGUAGCUUCCAUUUAUUAAUAUUAUUCUGUUCCAGGUCCUAUUCUUAACACUUUACAGACACAAUCUUGUUUCCUAUUCACAAUGACCCUAUGAAGUAAACAUUAUCAUCAUCAUCCCUAUUUUUAAAAUACACCCAAGUCUCUGUAACUUGAAGAGGCAAAGGCAGAAUUCAAACACAGAGCUGCUAAACUUCUAAGCUUAUUCUUUCACUGUAUCACUUAACCAGACACUACCUGGUCAGACUGUAACUUACAGAGCCUCCUGGGUACCAAGGCCCCAGUACAGAUUAUACACAGGGAAAUGAGCAGAGCUGGGUUCGUUGAUUGUAAGAUGCAUUUUUUUUUCACAUUUUGACAUCUCUGAAAUUGAGGUGUGUUUUACCAGCGAUGGCUGUCAUUGUUUAAUUGGCAGUGUUUUUUCCUCUUUCUUUCUUUGUGGUACUUAAAAUAAUGGCAUGUCUUGCAAUCAUUCUGUCUGGAUUUAAGAAAGCACAGUAAAUUUAGGUGCCAUUUCCCCAAUAUCCUGUCUGCAAAGAGACAAACUAGAGCCAAAAUAGCUCUGAGAUCAGGGGACAGACAGAAAAGAGCUAAGCCAGGGUUUGACCUGAAAUGAAGCCUAGGAACUUAAAUCAAGGAGGAAGGCUGCUGUUGAUGAUGUGUGGGGUAGAAGGACAUCUGGCCCCAGCACUGUGCCCUAGUGGAGGGCAGGCUCCUUCACUGCCUAUUGAGGUGAGCUCAGUUCAGCUUGAUUGCUCUCGAGCUGCCAGAACAGGAGCCAGGGUGCCCAGGAAAGCUUGUCAGACCAGCCUGGGCAGUGCCAGGUCUGGGAAUCAGCCCUCUGAUGAUGUAGUUGGAUUAUAUACUUAGCAGAGCUAUCUUGCCUUUGUUCUUUGGGGAGUGAGGAGGAAAGCCAACCUUUUUGUAUCUGUACCAUCUUUCAGCCUUAUGCCUUCUCUUGACAGAAAAUAUAGCUCUUUCUAUGUUCUGUGAUCCAUCUGCUUGUGCUGGAGGCCUGAGGGAGAUACAAGAGAAUUACAUUUCUUAAGACAGUCCCAGAGGAAGCAGAGAAGCCUGGAGGGUAGUGGUGGCACUGGUUUAGGGGACCUGGGGGUUAGCAAGGGAGCAUGGAGUGACAGAGACUGAUUGCCAAGACCCUUAUUCUCUCACAGCUAAAAACACGUGGAGAUGGAUGGCUGAGGGGUAGCGGAAAUGGCAGUAACAGUGACGUCUGAGCAUCCGCCUCCCCUGAACAACCCCACCAGAAUGGCUGCUUUGGGACACACAUUCCCCUUCUACGCUGGCCCCAAGCCGAACUUCCCAAUGGUCACCACCUUGGCCAUCAUCAUCACCAUCUUUAUGACUUCACUGGUCACCUUCAUCAUCAUCCUGCCAGGCAUUCGGGGCAAGAUGAGGCUGUUCCGGAUCCUGCGAGUAGUGACCAGCUUAUUCAUUGGAGCUGUGAUCCUGGCCAUGAAUUUCAGUUCUGAGUGGUCUGUGGGCCAGGUCAGCACCAACACAUCAUACGAGGCCUUCAGUUCGGAAUGCAUCAGCACCGCUGUUGGGCUGCUGCAGAUUGGGCUGGGAGGAGUCAACAUCACGCUCACAGGGACCCCAAUGCAGCAGCUGAACGAGACUGGCUAUUACAACAAGGAGUCCACCUGGCGCCUGGGGGAGAACUACGCCGAGGAGUAUGCCAAGGCACUGGAGAAGGGGCUGCCAGACCCCGUGCUCUACCUGGCCGAGAAGUUCACCCCACACAGCCCGUGUGGCCUGCAUGGCCAGUACCGCCUGGCGGGACACUACACCUCGGCCACACUGUGGGUGGCAUUCCUCUGCUGGCUGCUGGCGGAUGUGAUGCUGUCCAUGCCUGUGCUGGUCUACGGUGGCCACGUGCUGCUGGCCACGGGUGUCUUCCAGCUGUUGGGACUGCUCUUCUUCUCCACGGCCAUGUCACUCACCCUGCCCUGUCCCCUACGCUUGGGCACUGCCACACUGCACACUCACCGUGGGCCUGCCUACUGGAUCACAUUGACCACAGGCCUGCUCUGUGUGCUGCUGGGCCUGGCCAUGGUGGUGGCCCACAGGCUGCAGGCUUUCUUCAGCACUGUGGGAGAGGACCCUGUCCUGGAGUGGGAUCCUGAGGAAGGGGGACUCCUGAGCCCUCGCUACAGGUCCACAGCUGAGAGUCUCGAGCCCCAGGACAUUCCUCUGUCAGAGGCUUCCUCUGAGGUGCCCUGUGAGGAGUCUGACUUGCCCUGGAAAGUUCAUCUCCCUGGUGGCCACCCGGACUUCCAAUCUGGCUCCAGACUUCACUGGAACCCCCCCUCCAAAACACCACCAGAACUGCCUGCAGGAUGGGUUGUAUCAGGUUCCCAGCCCCAAUGUGUAGGUGGAGUAGGAAAAGAGGCUCUACCUAUUGAUGUUAAAACAUGAAACAAAACAAAAAGCCCUAAGGCAGAUGUUGGGGCUGCCAUAAACCCUGCUGCCAUGCAUGAUGAGACCAAGCAGGGGCUGCCCCUCCUUCUGCCCAGCUACCCUGCCCUCCCUUGGGGCUUUGCCUCUUCGAGGUGCCAUUUACUGAAACCCAGCUCCACCCACAUGAUGACAAACGUGUACGGGGGGCUUACAGUGGGAUUCUCCCAUGUUCCCUCUCAUCCCUCUUCAUCUCUUGUUUUCCUUUUUCCUGGCUCCCUUUUGUUCUCCCUUCACUUCCCCAGCUUGUGUGAUCUCUUGGUACAAUGAACGUACUGCGAGGGAGGAGAGACCAAACUUCUUGUUCUAGAUCUAAUAUUAACCGAUUGUGCCCCAUUCUCUCUGAGCUUCAGUUCUCAAAUCUGCCAAAUAAGACUGUAGGACUUGCCAAGGACCUAAAACAAACAAACAAAAAAUCCCGGGGUUUACAGCUUUAUGCCUUGCUGACAUUUACCUCGGCCUUCAGACACCACCCCUUUAAUGAAUAAAGUGAAGUUAGUGAAUAAACUCCAAAAUGCCAUUUCUUCUUAGCCCCCUCAGCUGGGCCAGCAGAGGGGGAUCCCACAGGGCCAGCGGGGGUGGAGGUGUGGGGGAAUGACCUGCCUGGUCACUGCUACCAUCCACUUGGGGUAGCUCAGGAAGAUGCAGGCUCUGAUUGUUCUUCUCUGGGCUCACUAGAGGGCACCCUCUCCCAGACCCUUUCCCGGGUUACUCUGCAUUCUUCAGACACAGAGAAUCCGGUGUCUGUGGCAAAGCAGAGAAAGAGUGUACUAGGCUGCCUCCAACCCAGGGAAGUCUCCCCAGAGCUCGUAUCCCGAAAAGCCUUGAAAAGCCAUGGAAAAUAAUGGGAGAAAGUUUAAAAAAAAAAAAGAAAAAAAGA